AUGGAAGGCGUCGGCGACAAUGCGGGGACGCCUGGCAGCGGACUGCCGGGCCCGGCACAACCUCCGCACGCCCCUCCAGCUGGAGAGGGCGCUGUGGGUGCCAACUCGGGCUCAGGCGGAGGCGCCGGUGAAGCGCGUGGCGAGCGCACGUCUUCUGGCGGCGUCAAUCAAGUUGAUGGCGACGUCGAGAUGCCCAGCGCUAACGGCAAGGAUGAUCCCUCGCACAGCAAGACGCCGUCGGAGGCGUCCGACAAUAACAGCGACGAACACAGUGGGCGCAUCCUGAAGACCGAGGGCGACACGAUGGAAGAGCGCCUGGCAGCCAAGCAACGCAGCAUUCCUGGGCGCGUCCUGUCCGUGGUCGAGACGCUCAACAUGCCUGCGGGUAGCGGCCUUCCGGCGAGACGCAAUCCUGCGCCAUCAUCCAGUCCGGGCAUGACCGCAAGCUGGGAGGCACCGAGUGGGUAUGCACCGGAUGGCGCGUUUCGGCUUGUUGGGGUUCCUGCUCACAUGCGUCACCUCGAAGAUGACCGCUACAUGCGUGACGGAUACGCUGGUCUCGAAGUGCUCACCACGAUGGAAUGCUUCUCAGCGACGGACCUGGUGGACCUGAACGAGCUGGUGGGCGAGGCCGAGGACGUGAACGUGAACGAGUUCUUCCUUCGACCUCGCACCGGGCCACCACCCAGUCCGACCGAGUUGGAGGCGCUGCUCGACUCCGUCCAGAUGCGUCGUGAGCUAGCAUCAAUCUUGUCGGCGACCGGGUCGUCCACGAUCGAGAAGCUGUUGACCGCCCAGAAGGAGAGCUCCCAGUUCGAGACUCACGUCACGCGGCUGCAGGGACAAUGGAGAGCUGUCUUCAAUGACCUCAAAGAGACGAAAGAGGCAACAGCGGCACGGUACCGGGCGUACUUCAAGAAACUCAUGGCGGAACACGAGGUCGAGAAACAAACGCUACGAGACCGAAUCGCUGGCUUGGCGUUCAAGCUCAAAACAUCCAGUACGUGGGUCGAGUCCCUCGAGUCUCAGGUCUUCAACGUCGACCGCAUGAUGAACUUCCUUAGCAGGAACCAGACUAAGGUGACUGGCAACUGGAAGCGUCUGGAGGAGUUGUUCAAGCACCACCGAUCCGGUACCACGCCCCCCACCGAAUGGCAGACUCUGAUCUCAGUCACCUCUGCAGAUGACGCAUUCACCGAUCCCGGGCCGUUCGAGUUCCGACACGACGGCGACACCGACACGGAAGAGAAGGGCGAUGACGGGUCUGAAUCGAGUGAGGGCGGCACAGGGUCGCGGGGCAAGCGCGUCACUAUCGUGGAUGUCACAGGCGGGGCUCCACCCGGCAAGACUUCCUCGUCAGAACGUCAAUCCAGUGGCGGCAAGCGUCGUCACAAGGCGGUGGCUCGGGUCGUGAAUCACCCCAUAACCUGGGAUCCCAACGAGGAAGAUGCGCGCCCCAUGGGCCAAGAAUAUCCAGUCGAUGAAAACCUUGCAUGCGCUUCACUCGCCGGGCUUCCCGUUGUGUGGCGCAAGCUUCGGACGGAUCUUCAGCUGGCCAUGCGGACUGGAUUGACGUACUCGGAAGCCACGACUCUGUUGAACAGUGACGAAAUGGCCCAUCACCUGUUCCAUCCUUACGAUCUGUCCUGCAUGCUGGCUCAGAUGAUGUACUGGAACCAACUGGACAAGGCCUAUUGGACAACUUACGUGCCAGAACGAUACUUCCUUCGCGCGGAGAGCAUACUGGACCGCUACGUACAGGAUGGCCUCGAACCGGAUCGGUGGCCCGACCAGAUGGACCCCACACAAGAUGACAGUGAGCUGCUUUUGGACGAGGACGAAGAGGACGUUGACAAAGAGGAUCGUGACGGCAACCGGGAACCCAGCGAGGAGGCUCAAGCCAAGAUCGGCCGGAUGGAAGCUCGUGAGGCAGCAGCGCAACAGGAUGUCGCGGAGCCACCACUGGAUCUGGCAAGAAACGCAAGAAGUGAUGAACGCAAGAAGUCUCCACUCGCUCGCAAGGAGAUGAAAGAUCUGACUCCUGAAGAGCUGACCCUGAUCGAGGAACCGGGUCGAGGCAUCACUUCGUGGCGCCACAAGGGCAUCCUGACCACUUUUGCACCCAGCGAUGGACCCGGAGGUUACCCGAAGGUGACCCGAGAGUGA